UGUUUUGCGCAGGCGCUUGUCAAAGUAACAGUCGAACCGAGCGCGGUGUAAGUGUUGGUGUGUUUAGGCUGAAACAUGAGAGCCGGACUGAGUCUUUUCACGCUGACAGUCGCCCUGUUUUCUGACGCUCUUCAUGGCUUGCCACGCGGCGACUUUCAGGCUAGAAAGCCCCCAGCUUCAUCAGACCCCCCAUUCACUGAGAAGUACUUCACUCAGACCUUGGAUCACUUCAACUUUAACAGCAUGGGCAACGGGACGUUCAGCCAGCGAUUCCUGAUCACGGACCAGUACUGGAAGAAAGGCUAUGGCCCCAUCUUCUUCUACACUGGAAAUGAAGGUGACAUCUGGGAGUUCGCCCUGAACUCUGGGUUCAUCAUGGAGCUGGCCGCUCAGCAGCAGGCGCUGGUCAUUUUUGCUGAACAUAGGUACUAUGGCAAAUCUCUGCCAUUUGGCAACGACUCCUUCAAGAUCCCUCAGGUGAGCCUCCUCACCGUGGAGCAGGCCCUCGCUGACUAUGCCCUGAUGAUCACCGAGCUGAAACAGCAGCUGGAGGCCUCAGACUGUCCUGUGAUUGUGUUUGGUGGCAGGUAUGCUGGUCUGAUGGGGUAUGCUCAUCUGACAGAACGGCGGUUUUCCAGGGGUCUCAUUUAUAAAGCCUGUGACUUUGAGAAGGUCAGCCCUGAUUGUCGAGAUGCUGUGAGAGGAGCUUUCCAGCAGCUGAAGCAGCUAGCUGAACGCAAAGAUUACAAUCACAUCCAGUCAGAGUUUGCUCUCUGUAAGCCUCCUUCCUCUCCUGGAGACAUCCAUCAGCUCUAUGGGCUGCUGAGGAACGCCUUCACCAUGAUGGCCAUGCUGGAUUAUCCUUACAGCACUCACUUCAUGGGAAACAUGCCUGCCAACCCCGUCAAGGUGGCCUGUGGAACCAUGCUGAGGGGAUCGGACCUGCUGGCUAACCUCAGAGAUACUGCAGGGAUCCUCUACAACUCGACCGGGGACCUGACCUGUUUCGACCUGUACAGUCUGUAUGUGGAGUGUGCCGACCCCACUGGAUGUGGACUGGGCUUCAACAGCAUGGCCUGGGACUACCAGGCCUGCACUGAAGUGGAGCUGUGCUACGAGAGCAACAACGUGACGGACAUGUUUCCUCCGAUGGCCUUCACUCAGAAAGACCGGGAGCUCUACUGCUCCAAGCGCUGGGCCGUAGUUCCAAGACCCGGCUGGCUCAAAGUCCAGUUCUGGGGUGACGCUCUCUCCACAGCGAGCAACAUCAUCUUCUCCAAUGGGGACCUGGACCCGUGGGCCAACGGGGGGGUGAGGAAGAGCCUGAGUCCGUCGCUGGUGGCGCUGAACAUUUCCGGAGGAGCUCAUCACCUGGACCUGAGGGGAUCCAAUGAGGCGGAUCCAGCGUCAGUCAUCAGUGCCAGGAAGACGGAAGCAGAGCUCAUUGCUCAGUGGGUGAAGACGGAGAGGACCAGAUUACAAGCAUCAUCUACACAGCAGAAGGGUUUCUUCUGACAUGUCCCAACAGUUUAUCGCAUUCAAAGAAAAUCACAUUUAAAGCAUCCCGCUGUAUAUAAUCUAUCACUUUAAUGAAGUUUGACUUCUGGUCUGAUUAUAUGAGUAGGAGUUUCAGCUCCUUCUGUCCACUGAUCAUCGCAGCAUCGACUCUCUGCAGCAAGAAGAAUCAGAGCACCUUUAUCAGAACUCUGUGGAGAUCAUCCACUAAGAUGUUUGU